AGGACCCUCUCCUUUUCCUUCUUUCAUUCCUCAUUCCCUCAUUCCCUCAUUCCUUUCACACUUCAUUCCUUCAACCAUUUUUCAAAGGAGCAUUCAUAACGCCUCAUUCUUUUCUUCAUUCAACAACCCAAUUUCAUUUAACUAAAGUAGGACCCAUGGAACCUCAAGGCAAAAAGUAUGCGAUCGAGUACGACGAGGUCGACCAUAUCUAUCGCAACGUCAAUGCGACGGAGGGUCUCCUGGACAAGCCUAAAGCCCCACACUAUGAAAAUCUGAAGGGUCACACCAUGGCCCAUCUCUUUGAGUACAUGGCCAACGAAUACGAGGACAAGGAUUUUAUGGGCUGGAGAGAUAUCAUCAAGACGCACAGGGUCGAAAAGCAAUCGUCCAACCCCGAGGAGAAACCAAAGAGUUGGACGACCUAUGAACUCUCGGACUACCAGUGGAUGUCGUACCGAAAGGCCAAGACGGAUGCCGAUCGCGUUGGUAUGGGACUCAAACGUCUCGGCAUUGGGAAGGAUGACUUUGUCCUCAUCUUUGCUAGUACAUGCCCAGAAUGGUUCUUGAUUUCACAUGGUUGCUUUACACAGUCGGCUACGAUCGUGACAGCAUACGACUCUAUGGAUGAAAAGGCGAUCCGUUAUAUUAUUAACCAGUCUAAGCCCAAGGCCAUUUUUGCCGAUGCAAACACACUGCCCGUCGUGUCCAAGUUAUUGCAGCAUGACAGCAACGGUGUCAAGGCUGUGAUCUACACUGGCCCUGACUGGGAGGUGUCAGGACACAUCCGCAAAUUGGACGGUAUUGCAAACAAGUCCUUCGAGGUUGUUCAUAUUAGAGAGCUCAAGAAGACUGGCGAUGAUCAAGCAGAGAUCGAGACUGUUUAUCCUCAGGCUGAUGACCUCGCCUGCAUAAUGUACACGUCUGGAUCAACUGGUGAUCCUAAGGGUGCACAGCUGACACAUGGGAACUUGAUGGCGGCCAUUGGAAGUGCUGGCGCCAUGGUCGGCGCUCUGCUGGACAAGGAUGAGGACAUUGUGAUCUCGUACCUUCCUCUAGCACACGUCCUUGAAUUCGUUAUCUCGCACUUUGUGGGGUCGAUGGGCUGUCGCCUUGGUUUCGCUCGCGCGAGGACAUUGAUGGAUGACGCAGUCGCACCAACAGCAGGCAGUGGAAAAUCCAAGGGCGUUGGUGAUCUUAAAGCCCUGAGGCCGACUCUAAUGGCUGGCGUGCCCACGAUCUGGGAACGCAUCCGCAAGGGAAUCUUAGCCGAGGUCAACAAGCAGUCAUUCCCAAUCCGCACAUUGUUCUUUGCUGCACUUAACACUAAGUGGGCUAUUGUCCAGGCCACCGGCUCAGAGAACAUUGCCACGCAAUUGAUCGACAAGGCCGUCUUUGCCAAGGCCAAGGAGUUGGUUGGCGGUCGUCUACGUCUUGCCCUGACAGGAGGCGCCGGCAUCAGUGACGAGACGCACCGCUUCUUGAGUAUGGUACUGUGCUAUGUUAUCUCGGGAUAUGGCCUGACCGAAGUCGGCGGUAUCGCUGCCGUAACCUUCCCAGGCCUGGGACACCGUCUCCGCACAGUUGGACCACCUGCACCAAGUCUCGAAUUGAAACUAGUGAAUGUGCCAGACACAGAGUAUACAGGCGACAAUGGAACAGGCGAGAUCUGGUUCCGUGGCCCUGCUGUUAUGAAGGGCUACUUCCAGAUGGAAGAAGAGACCAAGAAGGUCAUGACCGAUGAUGGAUGGUUCAAGACCGGUGACAUUGGUACGAUGAAUCCCGACGGCACGUUGUCGAUCAAGGACAGGGUCAAGAAUCUUGUCAAGCUGUCGCAUGGAGAAUAUGUUGCCCUUGAGAAGUGUGAGGCCAUCUAUCGCGACUCAAAGGACAUCAAGAACAUUUGCAUUAUUGCAGACAACGGAGCGCCUGUGCUACUGGCAGUCGUUGAGCCGUCGCACCAUGGGGCUUCGGAUAAGGAGAUCCUGGAGGUACUCAAAAGCCAGGCAAAGUCUUCGGGCCUGUCUAAGGCGGAGACGGUGCAGGGAGUGAUCGUCGACGACGCAGACUGGGCGACGAACGGUUUCAUGACAUCGAGCAGCAAGGUCAAGAGACGCGAUAUCAAGAAGGCCCACGGAAAGGAGAUCGAUGAGAUGCUCAAGAAGUUCUAAGUAAACCAUACCUCCGCAUGCCUACCAUUCACGUAUGAAAUAAAAUAACGUAGACGUACAAACCAUACUUUCCGCCCAAGGUACCUUCACCAAAAGUGUGAAAAAAAGAGUGCCAUCA